UGCAGCAUCACGUUAUAAGAUGAAAUACACAGUACUAUUCAUAGUUUCUUGUUAUAUCGGACUCACUUACGAAUAUAUCGCACCCCAGGGUCUUACAAAGAAUGAUAAUUCUAAGCCGCAGACAACGUAUAAUUCUACUCGGCCAAAUAUUCUAAACAUUACGAACCCAAAAGUCUUCCAAAAAAUCAAUUCAUCUUCGAGUUUUCUUCAAAAUGCAUUCGAAAGAGAUUUAUAUGCUUCAUCCCAGCCAAAAUCUAGUGAAAUACAUGAAAGAGCAUUCAUUUAUAUGAAAAGUAUCAAGCCUAUUCAUAAUAAACUAUAUUUGUCUCAAAUUCGCAAUGAUCCUAAAGAUGGCCGUCAUAACAUUCACGAAGAUAAGUUGUCUGGAGAUAUACAGGACAAAUUAGUAGCAGGUCAAAGGAAAAAAGAAUGUGCUCAGCUUAAAGAUGAAGACGAUACAAAUUCUCUGAUUGGGUUUGACUGUGAACCCCACAGGAUGGGAACAAAAGCCAGUUUAAAAAGUGAUCUCAAUAAAAGAGAUUUCUUGGAACUCUUGAAAAUGCCGCUAUUAAGACUAGUCUCAAAGAACACUGAAGAACAAAGGAAAAGUCACAAAUUAAACACUAAAAUAAAGGAUAAAGAUACAAAAACCCACAAAGGUCUACCAUUUGACCUACAAAAUAAAGUGAACGAUGAAAGUAGACUUAGUGCCUCAGGUGAAGUAGAAAAGAUUUUAGACCAAUUUGUAAAUGAGUCCUUCGAAUCUACUAAUCAAAAACCGAAAACUGCUAAUAAAGGAAAACCUGAUUGUAAUAUACAAGAAACACACAGAAAUAUGUGUAAAUGUAAAAUGGGAUCAUUUGAUACUGAAAAUACGUUUUAUAGUAACGAUGAUAUUAUUUAAGAUGUAAUUAAAAUGCAAAAUGUUUCAUUCGAUUAAAAUUGUUACCGUAGUAUUAUACUAGUU